AUGUCAAAUUAUUACUUUGCUAUCGUUGGAGCAACAGAUAACCCUAUAUAUGAAACAGAAAUAGUACCAUCAUCGCGCUCGUCAGCAUUUAUAGACUCGAAUAGACAAAGAGAUGAUCAUAAACAUUUAAAUCAGUUUAUUAUCCACGCAGCGCUCGAUGUAGUGGAAGAAUACCAAUGGAAUACAACAGCCAUGUAUCUCAAGUCUAUUGAUAGAUUCAACGAAUUUUAUGUUUCUUGCUUUGUCACAGCUGGAAGUGUCAAGUUCAUGCUUUUACAUGACCAGAAAUCAGAGGAUAGCAUAAAGCAGUUUUUUACAGAAGUGUACGAGUUAUAUGUCAAGGUGCUGAUGAAUCCAUUCUACGAAAAGAACUCUACUAUUACCAACCCAUCCUUUGAUAGCCGAAUCAAACUAGUAGCAAGACGUUUCCUUUGA